GCACAGGGCUGCAGAUGCCAGCAGGAUUCCAGGGCUCCAAAAAACAUGUGGAAGUUUAACGAGGAGUCGCUGGGGCUGGGAUGGCUGAGGACCGGGGGAGGAAGGAAAAGCAGAGAGCUCACACCGGCUGCUCCCUAGCAUGGACGUCACCCCCCUGAAGGAUGGGACUCUCGGGAAGAAACCCUCCACCCACCUUAGUCACCCUGUGAGCGAGAAGACUCAGCCGCGAUGGAGAGCAACGUGUCCUGGGGGAACUGCACCGGUCCCCAGAUGUCCUUCCAGUCCACCCUGUACGCCACCACCUACACCCUGAUCUUCAUCCCCGGCCUCCUGGCCAACAGCGCAGCCCUGUGGGUCCUGUGCCGCUUCAUCAGCAAGAAGAGCAAAGCUGUCAUCUUCAUGAUCAACCUGGCCGUGGCCGACCUGGCCCACGUCCUCUCCCUGCCCUUACGGAUGUAUUACUACAUCAACCACACCUGGCCCUUCGGCAGCUUCCUUUGCCAGGUGUGCUUCUACCUGAAGUACCUCAACAUGUACGCCAGCAUCUGCUUCCUCACCUGCAUCAGCAUCCAGAGGCACCUCUUCCUCCUCCACCCCUUCAGAGCCAAAGCCUGGAAGCGGCGCUACGAGGCGGCGGUCAGCGCGGCCGUCUGGCUGUUGGUGGGGGCAGCCUGCUUGCCCCUGCUGGUGGUGAGGAGCCCAGCCUUGUCCAACAGCACCAACACCUGCUUCUCAGACCUGGGGGUGAAGCAGCUGAGCCCGGGAGCCUCCAUCACCCUGGUGACGGUGGCAGAGCUGUUCGGGUUCGUCAUCCCCUUCGGCACCAUCGCCUGCUGCACUUGGAAGAUGCGGCGGUCCCUGCGGGAGUGCCCGGGGCAGCUGCAGAGCACCAGCGAGAAGCGGAAGGCCCUGCGCAUGGUCUCGACGUGCGCCGCCGUCUUCUUCGUCUGCUUCGCCCCCUACCACCUCAACUUCCCCGUCUUCAUGAUGGUGAUAGAGAACAUCAUCCAGGACUGCGCCGUCCACCGCAGCGCCCUCCGCUUCCACCCCGUCUCCCUCUGCCUGGCCAGCCUCAACUGCUGCCUGGACCCCGUCCUCUACUACUUCAUGACCUCCGAGUUCCAGGACCAGCUGCUGCGCUGCCCCCGCCGCCGCCCCGGCCCCUCCGCUGCCGGCCACCGCAUCCGGGUGAAGAGGAGAAACCUCCCACGCCUCCAGUUCUGGUCCCUCCCCAAGUUCUUUGGGGGAAUAAACAGCAUGGAAAUCCCCGCCAUGCCGCCCGAUGAGCUUCUGCUGGAGUCCAUCUCUUGAAGUGUCAGCUGUUUCCCUCCAGGUGCUCCUCACGGCCCGGGUGAAGGUUGUGUUAGGUCUCCAACGAAGCCUCGAGUUACCCUUGUGUGCAACAGAUGCCAGGAUGGGACCCAAAAGAGACGUUUCCAUGCCAAGAGACUUGAGUUGUUGCUGCUGGGGACAGUGUUCUCCAUCGUGAUAUUGUCAAGACACCCAAGAAGCCAGGGCUGAUGCCAGCGCUUCUCCUGCGCCGGAGCGCGGCGGGGUUCCGCUCCCUCCUUUCUGUUGUUUCAGUGCUUCUACGUAUUUGUCAUUUUUUAAACCCCCCCCUGAAUCCCCAGCUGGAAGCGCAGCUGGGGGAGGCGGCACCGGGGCGUUUCGGCCCCGACCACAGCCCCUGUGACAACUGACAGCACCCCCUGCACCGGUGCGAGGCUUUAGGUCAGGACAGUUCAUUGCAACCUGAACCUCUUCCCAUCACAAGAGUCAAUCACCCAGACUAGAACUUCCCCAACCUCUAGCAAGCCAAGAGCAUUAACCCAUAUCCACAUCAGCCCUGAAGGCAGUUUGCCAAGGAACUGGGCUCAGCUCAGGCUACAGAAAGAGGCACCCAGAGCAGAGCAGGGGAGUCCACCUGUCUCCUGGGAGCCAGGGAACGCUCAGCUCACCCCAGGGGGAUGGACACUUGGAAGACAGGCUGUAACUGGGUACACCCUGAGGAACGAGGAGGAUGAAGGGUGUCCCCCAGGGCGUGUCCGUUGGCAGGGACCCGGGGCGAGCUGCAGAAGGAGCUGCUGUUGCCACCUCUUGUGUAGUUAUUAGGAGUUGUGUGUUCUUUGGCGUUUUGCUACAGCCUGUGGUCGCAGAUGAAGAUGUUAUCCAAGCCUCUCAGUUUUGCUUCAAAAAACCAGAAAAGGUCCCCAACCCCCACUGGGUACUGAGAAGAGUUGACAACGUUGACCAGAGCGCAUCCUGAAAGGCUUCAAGCUCAGGAGGAAAUAAAAUGAU